AAGUGUGAGUGGAGACUGUGAUGGUAAGCUGCACAAUGAAGAAAAGUGUGAUCCUACUGAAUGUGCUGGUCCUGCUCUGCUCCUGGACUCCACAGGGAUUGUCCAUUACGGGGGACCAGACUCCAGACUUCUGUAAGAUCAUACCAGACUCGGGACCUGGUCCUUUUUGUCUUGCCUACAUGCCUCAGUUCUUCUAUAACUCCACGUCACAGGAGUGUGAAGAGUUCAUUUAUGGAGGCUGCGGAGGCAACCAGAACAGGUUUGGUUCAAAAAUAAAAUGUUUGGAGACUUGCCGGCCCCAUUUUCAGAAGCUUUUACUGCAGCCGGAUCACCUCGCUGAAACCUGUGCAUUUAGUCUUGAUCCUCCUCACAAUCGUUGGGGUGCCUGUAACCUACCUCCAGAGACUGGACCCUGCAUGGCCUACCUCCCAAGUUAUUUCUACAACGCCACCUCUGGGAAAUGUGAGAUAUUCAUAUAUGGAGGCUGUAAAGGCAACCUCAACAGAUUUAAAUCUUUAACAUCUUGCGAGAUGUAUUGUCGUGCUGUUCAUGCACACAAUUCAACUGAGGUGUGUAACCUGCCUCCAGACACAGGAAUAUGUAAGGCCAGUAUGCACAAACUAUUCUAUAACCCACAUUCUCAGAGGUGUGAACCCUUUAUUUAUGGAGGCUGUGGAGGCAACACUAACCGCUUUGACUCAGCUGAAGACUGUCAACGUGUUUGCCAUCCUGGGGGCAGUGAUGUGAUAACACCACUUGUAGCCCAAGAAGAGGCAAGAGUCCUAUCACUUGAUGUUUGUUCCCUAGCACCAGAGACUGGUCCUUGUCGCAUGGCUAUACCGCGCUACUUCUACAACUCCACAUCCAGGAAAUGUGAAUUAUUCACUUAUGGAGGCUGUGAGGGCAAUGGGAACAGAUUUAUUUCACAGAGAGAGUGUCACUUACACUGUCCUAAUCGAGGCCAUCAGUUAUGGCAGGCAGGAGCACCGCGAUCUGUAGAAGAUGUCUGUCACCUACCAUCAGAGAGUGGGCCAUGUGAGGCCUACAUACCACGCUAUUACUACAACCACAAAACACAGAAAUGUGAAGAAUUUGUUUAUGGGGGCUGUCUAGGCAACCAGAAUAAUUUUAUAAAUGAAGAGGAUUGCAUGAAAAAAUGCAAAAAGAUUUAG